ACGAUCUACGAGUGUCUGGUCGGUCAUUACCGCUUCCUCCUGCCAACAAUCUAUCACCUUGGGGUCAGGUAACAACAAUGCAAAAUGUAGACUCAGGCUGUGUAGCGGCCGGUACCUGCCAGAACACCAGCUGCCCAGUUCCACUCACUUGCUCUGCCUCAUGGGGACGAAGUAUAUGCAGUUGUGGGCCGGGGACGCAGUAUGUUGACGAUACCUGCGAGGACGUGGACGAAUGCCUGUGGAACCCCUGUCUGCAUGGAGGAUCGUGUUUGAACGCAAAGCCCGGUUUUCUCUGUAUAUGCGGACCGGGCCACUCCGGCCAUCACUGUCAGUGGACCAACCGAGACUCUGCGGCUCAUCCGUAUACAAUGCAAUUAAUCAUAAUAGCACUGACGCUAUCUGUUAUUUUUGUAGUGGUGGUUGGUUUGGUCGUUUCCAUACGUCUGCGUUACUCCUCGCUUACUCGGUCGAAGAGAAAGCAGUCUAGUAACGAAGUAGAGAGACAGAAGGAGAGGAUAAAUGAAGAAGAGUACAAAAUGGUCGAAAGAACAGCCUGUACGAAAGCGAAAUCGGGGCAUCAAGCGUCUUUAAAAUGUCUCACGGUCAUGUUGCCUCCGGAGCAGCUCACUGUGGAGAAUAAAGAGCCCGAGAGCCCAUCGCUGGCCGAAUCUCCAGCAGGAAAGCCGCCCCUUUUCGUUAUACCGAAGGACGACCUCCGUGCUUACGCUUACGAGGGCGAAGGCUCGUCCUCCGGAUCGCUCUCGUCAGCCACUUCGUCAAGUCACCGAGGAGAGAGUAGUGACGAAGCUCCGCACACAGCACUAGCACCGGGCUUUCUAGAUGUCAUAGAUCUAUUGAAAAAUCUACCUGACGCUUCAAAGUCACCCAUAUUUGAUACAUCAAGGCAGAGGAACCGGUCUUGCUUACCAGUGCAAGAAGUGGGCAAGCAUCCUCAAGCAGAUGAAAAUUAUGAUUCAAUUAAUCCAGCUUCGGUAGCAGCUAGUUCUCACGUGACUAGUGAAUGUGGAAAUGUUUGAUAAGUGUGAAUACCAGGCAGCUUCUGUUGAAUGACAAGUUAGUGAGAGGUGCUCCCGGAAGAACUUCACCCAACACUUCACCCUUUGCCUCAUUAUCAUCAUCUGCCCCAGAAAAAUUGUAACAGGAUCAUAAUAAUGUCUUCUUGAUAAUCUGAGAGCAAUUUUAUAAUAAUAUAACGUCUGUGUUUAUAUAAUAGAUUUUAAUCUAAUGUUGCAAGAUAUAUGAUUUUAUGGGAGUAAAAUCUUUCUAAAAAGCUUUUACAAUUUGUCACACAAAAUGUUUUAGAGACUAAUAAAAUUACAAGUCA